GAAAAACACAGUAGUGAAUCAAUUAAUAGAUAGGUACAUGUGUUCUCUCUUUUCCUUGCCCAUUACCACAUACAUAUCACCUAAUAAUAUAUAGCGCAGAUUUAUUUAUUUAAUUCAUUCAUAUCUCUGGUAGCUAGGUUAUCACGACGAUGAUUUCUUCUGCAAUCCAUUCUUCUUCAGAAGUAGUAAUAGGAGCAUCAUCAACAAAUAGUAGUAGUGUUAGUAACUGCUUUGGGUCUCCACCAUUAUUAGAAUUUAAUCCAGAUCAUCACUUAGUACUUAAUAAUAAUAAGAUUAAGAUGGUUGACACAAGUAGUGAUGAUCAUCCAUCGCCGCAAAUAGCCAAAAUGAAUAGUGAUGAGAUGUUGAUGAACGAAUAUGGUGUUGAGGGUCCUGAUCAUCAUCAUCAUCAAGCAGCAGCUGCGAAUUAUAAGAAGAAGAAAACAAGAAGUAGUAGGAAGCAGCAGAGAUUUGCUUUCCAGACAAGGAGCCGGGUGGAUAUUCUGGAUGAUGGCUAUCGCUGGAGGAAGUAUGGUCAAAAGGCUGUUAAGCACAACAAAUUCCCCAGGAGCUACUACAAAUGCACGCAUCAAGGGUGCGAGGUGAAGAAACAAGUCCAAAGGCUGACGGGAGACGAAGGUGUUGUGGUGACAACUUACCAGGGAAUGCACUCCCAUCCCACCCUCCAACCCGCCGAUAACUUUGAGCAAAUCCUCAACCAGAUGCAUAUUUAUCCUCUCCUUCCAUAUAAUUAGCUACUACUAAUAAUCCAUUCAUUUUACAAUUCCCCACUCAUCAUUGAUUAUUAUAUGUAUAGCAACACACUAGCUGCCACAAAUGUCUACCUUAAUACUACUUAAUUAGCAGCCUACUAGAUUUCUGCGGAUUAUCUGGCAUCAACAGCUAUUAUACAUCCAUUGGGUGUAUUGCAAUUGAACGACUCACCGCCUCGAGUGAAUCGUCUGUGGUUGGAAUACAACAUUGUUGAUGUCUCUUAUUACCAAAAUAUUUUAAUUUAAUUUACUGUGUCAUGCAUAAUGUGUCUCUCUUUGUACCAAAAAAAUUUAGUAAGAGCAGUCUAGCUAGCUAGUUCCCAAUAUUACUUAGUAAACUUGGACGAAGAGAUGAUCCCAGUCAAUGAUGAAUACUAGCUACUUCAGUUCAGUUCCUAUAUAUCCAUAAUACAAACUCAUUUAUUCAUUUCCUUGGUUCUUCCAUCUCCC